GUGGGCGUGGGUGGGGCCGGACCCACGCAGCCCCGCCACUCGCCAUGGGGCUGCAGCCCCACUCUCUGCAGCCUCCAGGGGGAGGGCUCGGCCCCCAGCCGCUCCCCACGCCGCCCCGGUUAAAUGCGGCGCCCGCCGCUCUGCCUCCUCUCAGUCCCGAGCAAGCGGCCAGAGCGCAACGGCACCGCCAAGCAGCGGCUUCCCUUCUCUGCGCCCCACCCCGCCGCCUUUACCUGCACCAGGACCAGGGAGGCGUCGUUCGGCUGCCGCUCUCCUCGGCGUCGCGUGGCCGCCCCUCUUCGCCUUCCAGACGGCCGAGAAAAUCCUCUAGACUUCUUCCUGGGAUUCUGCCAUCUCAAAACUGAAUGAUGAAGCUGCUAUACGUUGCCCCUCUCCUCCUCUUUGCCUUUACAGCAUUGGAAGCCCGACCGAAACUCUUAGGGACGACAAAGUGUAAGACUGGCCCCCUGGACAUUGUCUUUGUGAUUGACAGCUCACGCAGCGUCCGCCCCUUUGAGUUCGAGACCAUGCGGCGCUUCAUGAUUGACAUCAUUCACAACCUGGAUAUAGGGCCCAACGCCACCCGGGUAGGGGUGAUCCAGUAUUCCAGCCAGGUCCAGAACGUCUUCUCUCUCAAGUCCUUCUUCACCCGGGCGGACAUGGAGAAGGCCAUCAAUGCCAUUGUCCCCUUGGCUCAAGGCACCAUGACGGGGCUGGCAAUCCAGUAUGCCAUGAACGUGGCCUUUACCACCCAGGAGGGGGCGCGGCCACUUCACAAGAAGAUCCCUCGUGUGGCAGUGAUCGUGACUGACGGGCGGCCCCAGGACCGCGUGACGGAUGUGGCAGCUCAGGCACGAGCAGCCGGCAUUGAAAUCUAUGCCGUGGGCGUGCAGCGGGCAGACAUGAACUCCCUCCGGGCCAUGGCUUCUCCCCCACUGGAGGAGCAUGUGUUCUUGGUGGAGUCCUUUGACCUCAUCCAACAGUUCGGCAAGCAGUUCCAGGACAAGCUGUGCGGUGUUGAUAUGUGCACAGAACUGGAUCACGGCUGCCAGCACACUUGUGUCAGUGUCCCAGGCUCCUUCUAUUGUCAGUGUAACCCAGGAUACAAGCUCAAUGCUGAUGGAAAGACGUGCUCCAUCAUCGAUGCCUGUGCUGAUGGGAGACACGGUUGUGAGCAUCAAUGCGUCAGCUCUCUCGGCUCCUACACUUGCCGCUGUCGGACAGGCUACCAGCUCAACCAGGACAAGAAGACAUGUAGCAUGAUCAAUUUCUGCAACUUCGGCAACCACAGCUGCCAGCAUGAUUGUGUGAAUAUCCUCAACGGGUACUAUUGUCGGUGCCGUGAUGGUUACACCCUGCAGGGUGAUGGCAAGUCAUGCCAGGCCAGCGACCUCUGCAAUAGCGUAGAGCAUGGAUGUGAAUUUAAGUGCGUCAGCUCUGCAGGCUCUUACCACUGUCUUUGCCCAGAGGGUCAGCAGCUCCAGGCAGACAAGAAGACAUGCAACAAGUGCAAAGCUGGGCACAUUGACUUGGUCCUGGUGAUCGAUGGCUCCAAGAGCGUCCGGCCUCAGAACUUCGAGCUGGUGAAGCAGUUUGUGAACCAGAUUGUGGACUUCCUGGACGUGUCCCCUCAUGGCACGCGCGUGGGGCUGGUCCAGUACUCAAGCCGUGUGCGCACGGAGUUCCCUCUCAACAAGCACACGACGGUGGCUGACGUCAAGAAAGCGGUGCAGAGGGUGCAGUACAUGGAGAAGGGCACCAUGACAGGCCUGGCCCUCAAGCACAUGCUGGAGCACAGCUUCUCGGAGGCAGAAGGGGCCCGGCCCCUUUCCCAGAAUGUGCCCAGAGUGGGCCUGGUCUUCACAGAUGGCCGCUCUCAAGAUGACAUCUCUGAGUGGGCGAGAAGAGCAAAGGAGUCAGGAAUUACCAUGUUUGCAGUCGGAGUCGGCAAAGCUGUUGAAGAGGAACUGAGAGCGAUUGCUUCUGAGCCAGUAGAUAAGCACUUCUCGUACUCUGCAGAUUUCAACACCAUGACUAACAUUGUCGACAAUCUCAAAGUCAACAUCUGUCCUGAGGAAGGCAAGGGAGAAACUGAAUUCCGCAACCCGUGUGAAUGUGAGGCCCUGGUACAGUUCCAGACAAACAGUCUUGCAAUCCUGGAAGACCUCACUGAUAAAAUUGCUCAGAUGACUGCCAGAAUUGACCAGCUGGAAAACCAGGUUGGCAGAAAAUGAUCGGGGCUGAGAGACACCUCACCUUACAGGCGCAGACACAUCCUGUUAACUCAUCAUUGGCGUUCCUGUUGUAAAUGGUUGUUGGUUUUCAUAUAACACGAGCCUGAGGGGAAGCUGAAACUGCUCCAUACUUGCCUAGAUAA